UUUUUCUUUUUUUUCUUUUUUUUUUUUUUCCGCCGAAGCCGAGCGGGUGCUGCUAGCGGAGGCGCCAUAUUGGAAGGGACAAAACUCCGGCGACAGCGAGUGACACAAAUAAACCCCUGGACCCCUUCGUUCCCCCAGCUCUAAGGGCCGCGAUGUUGUACCUAGAGGACUAUCUGGAAAUGAUUGAGCAGCUUCCAAUGGACCUGCGGGACCGCUUCACCGAGAUGCGCGAGAUGGACCUGCAGGUGCAGAAUGCAAUGGAUCAGCUAGAACAAAGAGUCAGUGAAUUCUUUAUGAAUGCAAAGAAAAAUAAACCAGAGUGGAGAGAAGAGCAGAUGGCAUCCAUCAAAAAAGAUUACUAUAAAGCUUUGGAAGAUGCAGAUGAGAAGGUACAGUUAGCAAACCAGAUAUAUGACUUGGUAGAUCGACACUUGAGAAAGCUGGAUCAGGAACUGGCUAAGUUUAAAAUGGAGCUGGAAGCUGAUAAUGCUGGAAUUACAGAAAUAUUAGAGAGGCGAUCUUUAGAAUUGGAUACUCCUUCACAGCCUGUGAACAAUCACCAUGCUCAUUCACAUACGCCAGUGGAAAAAAGGAAAUAUAAUCCAACCUCUCACCAUACGACGACAGAUCAUAUUCCUGAAAAGAAGUUUAAAUCUGAAGCUCUUCUGUCUACCCUUACAUCAGAUGCCUCUAAGGAAAAUACGCUAGGGUGUCGAAAUAAUAACUCUACAGCCUCUUCUAACAAUGCUUACAACGUGAAUUCCUCCCAACCUCUGGCAUCCUAUAAUAUUGGCUCAUUGUCUUCAGGAACUGGUGCAGGGGCAAUUACCAUGGCUGCUGCUCAAGCCGUUCAAGCUACAGCUCAGAUGAAAGAGGGACGGAGAACAUCAAGUUUAAAAGCCAGUUAUGAAGCAUUUAAGAAUAAUGACUUUCAGCUGGGAAAAGAAUUUUCAAUGCCCAGGGAAACGGCGGGCUAUUCGUCAUCUUCAGCACUCAUGACUACCUUGACGCAGAACGCCAGCUCCUCAGCAGCUGACUCACGGAGUGGGAGGAAGAGCAAAAACAACAACAAGUCUUCAAGUCAGCAGUCAUUAUCUUCCUCCUCGUCCUCCUCAUUAUCGUGUUCUUCAUCAUCAACUGUUGUACAAGAAAUCUCUCAGCAAACAACAGUGGUGCCAGAAUCUGAUUCAAACAGUCAGGUUGAUUGGACUUAUGACCCCAAUGAACCACGAUACUGCAUUUGUAAUCAGGUAUCCUAUGGUGAGAUGGUAGGCUGUGAUAACCAAGAUUGCCCGAUAGAGUGGUUCCAUUAUGGCUGUGUGGGAUUGACAGAAGCACCAAAGGGGAAAUGGUACUGUCCACAGUGCACUGCUGCAAUGAAGAGAAGAGGCAGUCGGCACAAAUAAAAGGAGGUCAUUUCAUUUGAGAAAGAGAAAACUUCAACCUAAACAUUUUAUAUAGGACUUUCAAAAUGAAGAAAAAGAAGAAUAGUGCAUUUCCAGGCAACCACUUAAAGGAUUUACAUAGACAAUCCAAUAAGAUCUUGAACUUGAAUAUUAUGGGUUGUAUUUUAAUAAUGUAAGUAAAUUAUUUAUGCACUCCUGGUGUGCUAUGAAUAUUAUUCCAGUUAGCCUUGGAUCAUUUCAGUGGCCAACACAUGUGGACAUUUGUACUCCUCAACCAUUUUCUUAAGUAAGGCAUUCUGUGACUUAGACUUCAGAGAAUUCCAAGGAUGAAGAUUUUAGGAGAAGUAUUUUAUGCUCCACAGGCGUGUUCUGCUGCUUGUGCUGUACUCCAGAGCUGUUAACGUCACACUGUAUAUAAAUGGUUGCAAAAAAAAACACAAAAAAAGUCAGUGCUUCUAAAAAGAAUUUAAGUAAUGGUUUUUUAAAGGCCUUUAUAAUAAGCUUUGUUUCUUUGUGAAACGAAAUUCAGCAGGCUGAAGGAAACGGUUUGUGCGAAAAACUGCUCACGAUUCUAGAGUACCCGGGUACGUAAACAGAAACUCCUGUUGGUAAAAACGAAUCUGUGCCAUGAUUCUUUAUAUGUUUCUGCAUCCAGAUAGAGUGCAGCUCAUGAGGGUGGGAGGGGGAGGGUCUGAAGGGGAAAGGGUGUUAAAGUGAUACAUUUUUAUACCAAAUGUGUUUAUUUUUUUGUGCAAGUAAUCCUUAAAAUUGGAAUUGUAUUAGGUGUUAAAAUAAAGUUUUUAAAAAAUUACUUGUAUUUAUACUUUACAAACUUAAUGAAAUUUCUUAAUUCCAAUUAAUUUCCAAUUUUCAUAAUCUAACAAGGACAGAGACCCAGGACAUAGAAUGCUGUGUAAUCUGUAAUUUCUUUAAUAAUGCCUGGAAUCUGUGAUGUGAAAAUAAGGGAAAGACAUUUUUAAUGUAAAUUUGAAAUGCAAAUGUAUUUUUCUAGAACAUCUCUCUGACUUUUCCUUUAAGGGACAUGAAAGAAGUCUCAUUACAGCAGAUAAAAUGAAAAUAAUGGUUCUAGAUGUUUUGACUUGAGGCAGUGUGGCCAAUUUAAGUGAAGAGACCCUCUGGAUUGGAGCUUAAAAUUCAGUUCUAUUUUUUAUUCUGCCACAUACUGAUAUGAUAGUUAAUUCAAAUUUGAAUCACUCUGGGCCUUAUUAAACCAGGGUGACGCCGUCUGCAGGAUAUCUGUAAAGCACUCCUAAGAUUUUAUUCCAUAGGUGCUAUUUAAAUUAUGAAUUUCACAUAGUGGAGAUUUUAUUUAAGGUAUAAUAUUGAGUCUGGUCAAUAGAAAAAUCCUCAAAACUUUAUUUAUUUUACAUUGAAACUUACUGCAUCUGUCAGAUUUUGGCUUUACCCAAAACUGCUUAUGAACCUCUUAGAACUUACUCAAAAAACUGUAAAAUCUAUGCAAUGCUACCCAAAGGGUAUGGAUUAAAUAGGAGAUUUCUAAGGUCUCUUCCAGCUUCACGAUUCCACAAUUCUGAACUGCUGCAACCUGAUUUUAUAACUGGACAGCCCGUAAAGCUAAGUUAGGUUCAUUUGUGGGUACUCAUGAUUUCAUUAUAUCAUGAGUAUCAUCCCAUGAUACUCAGAAUUUUCGUGGAGAUUUUAUAGUCCUAUAAGAAUAUAUAAUGCAGUAUUCAGUUAACUUAUUAGCAUGUUGCCUGGAGAUGCUCAGUGGUAAUGCUUAAUCUUCUGAUUAUAUAUAAUGACUUUUUCAAACUCAUUUGUUUUAUAGGAAUUGGUCAAAGGAAAAAGCCUUAUGUACAGCCUUAUUUUAAGAGACAGUUCCUUGUCAGAGUCAGGAACAUCCCUAUUUCCAGCUGCUACAGUCCCUUUCAAGUGUGUGAAUUCCACUACUUACCAAAUCACACAGAAAAACAGCUUAACAAACUUUGAACUCAAACAUUGACUAUAUUAUGAAUUGUGUAUAAAAAAUAAACCAAAAUUUUGUGCAAUGAUUCAGUAAAUGGGUGGAACCUGUUAAUAUCUGAGAUAUUAGGGCCAAACAUGGAACUACCUCAUCAAAAAAAAAAAAAAAAAAAAAAGAUGUGGCCAACUCUUAAUAUUCUUUGUGACAUUUACACCAAGGGUAUAAUGAGCAUUUUUGGUAUUAUAAAAUACACAAAGUGUUGUAAAAAAUUCAUGUAACAAUUGAUGGCACAAAAAAUCCAAAUGUGGGUUCACAUUUCUAGGUGGUGAAACUUGAGGCCUUACUGCUGUGUAGUGUAUAUUCAAUGUUCAUGGUGACAGAUUUGAAGCAAUAAAUGGCUUAAUUAAA